CUUCUGUGUCAUUUUGGUUUGAACAAACGGAAACCUGCGUGUGUCUCAUAGCAAGAGAGCAGUGAAGAAGAAAAAAACCUAACCACAAAGAGAACUGGAGUAACUGAAAACAGAAAGAGGUAGUUAAGUAAAAGGAUUGUGGUUAAUAAGUAACAGGCCGCAACAGUUUACCCGCCCUGUAAGGCCUGCUGGGAAAAUCUCUUGGCAAGCAGAGUUGUGUGUGUGUGUAGAGAGAUAUCGCUGAAAAAGAGAACAGGAAGAGACGACAGAGCAGCGCCUUCUCUGACAUUUUGGCUCUCCGGCUGUCCAAGUUUCUCUUCUGUUGCUAGCCAAAGGUCCCUGUGAUGGGCAAAGUGAAGGACAAGUCUGGGCCCUUGUCUCGGAGACCGGACAACUCGGCGUUCAAACAGCAGAGGCUACCUGCCUGGACUCCCAUGCUCACAGCUCACACUGUGCUGCCCUCCUUCUACUUUAUGUCUCUGAUAUGCAUGCUGCUCGGAGUAUGGCUUCUUCUCACUGUGCAGACCACAAAGGAAAUAAAGCUGGACUACACGGACGCCGGGACAUGUAAUAUGUGUUUUGAAAAACGUAAGAACGCGAGCAACGCAGCACAGACCUGCACCUGCAGGGUGAUACUUCCCGUCGAGAAACCGUUCAAGGGAGACGUCUUCUUCUACUACGGCCUCCGAAACUUCCACCAGAACCUCCGCAGAUAUAUGGACUCCAGAGACGACGGACAGAUGGUUGGCAGGAAGAAAAACUUAAAGAACCCCAGUCCAUACUGCAUUCCCUUUGCAAAAGACCAACAUGGGAACCCCAUUGCCCCCUGUGGUGCUGUGGCCAACAGUAUCUUCAAUGACUCCUUCACUCUGAUGUAUCACAGCAACAACGGUGCUCCAGUGCCAGUACCUCUGCUGCGUGGCGGCAUCACCUGGUAUACAGACAAAAAUGUCAAGUUCCGCAACCCAAAGACGGACGGCUCGACCCUGGCUCAAGUGUUUAACGGCACAGGGAAGCCUCCGUACUGGCAGAAGCCUGUGUACGAGUUAGAUCCCAGGGACCCCACCAACAACGGCUUCAUCAACGAAGACCUGAUCGUGUGGAUGAGAGAAGCGGCCUUCCCCAACUUCAAGAAGCUCUACGGGGUUUUAAACCGAGCCAACCCGCCCUUCACGAAUGGCCUGCCUAAAGGGAACUACAGCAUCGACAUCCAAUACAACUUCCCUGUGCAGUACUUCAGAGGCAGAAAGGAAGUGGUGGUGACCACGCUGACCUGGUUUGGAGGUCAGAACCAUUUCCUGCCCAUUGCCUACCUGGUAACCAGCAGCCUGAUCCUACUGAUAGCCGUCGUCCUCACGGUGCUCUGGUGGAAGUUUGGGAAGAACGGGAAGAACAUGGUGGAGUGAGGGGAACGUCCGGAACAAGAAGCAGCUGAAAGGUGAUUUUUGUGGCUCUGCUGAAGAGCUGAAAUCUGAAGUGACGAGAAAAUCGAUGGCAGCAAAUGAAGGUGGAGGAGAAUGUUUUCAAAGUGAACGCUGAUGUAGUUGACAACCACAGCAGCAUGUGUUGGAAAACCAAUGAAGAAAUUAUAUUUGACACCUGGAAAGGUAAUUACGACUAAAUGAUCUGCAUGUGUUGCAGCUUACAUUGUGAUGCUGCUCUGAACAACACACUGAAAGUGGUCAGCACAGGCCUCAGUCUCUCUUUACAUGAUGAUUUGUACUUUGUGAACUUCUGCAUAUUUUAACACGACAGUUUGUUGAUGAACUCUUAAUAUUUAUUCAUAUAAGAAUAUAAUUUAUAAUUAGAUAGUCUCAUGGUGUUCAGGCUGCAUUUCAUGUCUCCAGUUGUACAAAGUUUUUAAAAGUGAAAUUAAAGCACUUUCAAGCAUGUUUAAGGUACCUAAACCCAAAAAUGUCCACACUCGAAGCCUUUAUCGUUAUAUUUCAGUUGUUAUAAAAAAGAUUUGGUUUACAAAAUUCCUUUAUACCCUCAGCGAUCGAUGUAUAUUGGCUAUGUUUAUUUCAGCAGCUGUUCAGAUUAACUUUGAAUGUAUGUUUUAAUGCUUGCUAAUUUUUUUAUUUUUAAAUAUGACAAUUUGUGGUGUACAGAAAUGAUUGUGAGGAUAUUUUAAGCAUUUCUCAAGGAGUGUGUUAAAACAUAAGCAUAUUCCACACCUUACCAAAGUAAAGGUUCAAACUGAUAAAGAACAUCAGGUGUUGGACAAACUGGUAACACUAAUUCAUAAGAUAAAGGUAUAGUUGUGCAGACGUGUUUUGAAAUAAUAGCAAAAUUCAGGUUAGCCAAUGCAGCCAUAUUCUUUUAAUGCCAAUGUUUUUAUAUGGAACCAUUAAUGCUAAAAAUGUUGUUAUUGUUCCUUACAACAAGCUUCUACAGCUACGCUUGCAGCUCUGAGGGUGCACUAAUGCUGCGUUCCAGGCAACGUCUAAGUCGGAAUCUUUUAAAUUGACCAAUGUCUGAAAUCAAAGCGUGCUAACCCCGCACAACGGGGCUGACAGUAACUAAAUGUUGUCUCUGUGGCAGGUGUACAAACAGUUGAACCCUCAGUAGUGAAGCUUCCUGUCAUGUAAAAACAAAAUAAAAGGGGAAGACCAAAUUGCCAACUUGCCUGGAACACAGCAAAAUGUUGACCGUCUUACAGUAGUUUAGCUUGUUUAUAUGCUAAUAUAAUUUGCUAAUGAGGGCUUAAAGUAAGGAUGAAGCUUAACAUUGGAAUCUCAUCAUUUGCAGGCAUGUAGUGAUGAUUUGAAAUUUGAACAAUGGCACCAGAUGAUGGAUGUGACUUCUGUACACAAAUGUUUGGCAAUCCUACAGUUGAGAUAUUUCAAUCUGGCCUAACUCACCAACAUUAUAAUCACUACAGUCAUUAUGCUAACGUGGCAACAAAGGUGGUUGAUUAAGGGAAAAAGGUGCUUGAGUAUGAAACUAUAAAUUAUUGUGCUUGAGGUGUGAUUGUUGAAACUGUAAUUGUGAGGCAGCUGUAGGUUUGUGUAGGAACAACUGAUUGUAAAUAAAAUAAAAGAUUUGAACUAAA